GGCCCAGCUCUAAACACGAAUCCCAGAUCACACAGCCACUGUAUUUUAUUAUUAUCUAUAAUCAGGUUUAUUAAAAACUUGUAAAAUGUCAUUCGCGAGUAAGACCACUUUUAACUUACAACUAAGAAAUAAUUUCAGAAAUUUUUUUAAUAAUAGACGUUGCGUAUCAACAGUAUUAUCAGAAUUAUUAGUGGAUACGAAAAAAGACGAGAAAACUGAAAUACCUAAUGCAACAGAACCCUUUCCACCACCACAUUACAGAUUUGUGUAUCAAGAAUUUUUACCAGAUCCUAAUUUUAAAUACAGAAAUAAGUUAAGAGAAAGAUUGGAAAGACGAGAUAUGUUAGCAAGAAGAUUCAAUGUAGAGAUACCUGAAUUUUAUGUGGGAUCAAUUGUAGCUGUAACACAUUCUGAUCGUCAUGCUCCAGGCAAAACUAAUAGAUUUUUAGGAAUAUGCAUACAAAGAAAGGGAUGUGGUUUAAGAGCUUCAUUUAUGCUGAGGAAUGUUAUAGAUAAUUUGGGUGUUGACAUAAUUUUUGACUUAUAUGAUCCAACAAUCCAAAAAAUUGAAGUGAUAAGGCUUGAGAAAAGAUUAGAUGAAGAAUUACUAUAUUUACGAGAUUGUCCUCCAGAGUAUAGCACUUUUCCGUUGGAUAUGGAACCAGAGUACCAUCCAGAAGGUACGCCAGUACCCAUCAACGAUAUUAAAAUUCCUUUGAACCCAACACCUUGGCUUGAACGGUGGGAAAGAAAAGAUAUGAAAGGUUUAAUUGAUCCUCUGAGUAUGGUCAACGAGAAAAGAAGAAAGAAAGCAGCAUUGCCCAUGCAUACGAGGCCUUGGGAGAAGUAUGAUCUCAUGAAAAUGUACAGAGAAACUAUUCCAGCAGAAGAGCAGGCAGAAAUAUUUGGCGAGAUUCAUCAUAAACUUCAGGAACUGGAAAUGAAAAAUCGUAAAAUGAAACGCAGUAGAAAUUUUGUUAAACCAAAGAAAAACGGUUAAAUAAUUAGCUUUAUAAAUACUUGUUGAUAUGACAUUUUUUUAAUGAUCUAGUUGAUUGAUAAUAAACUUACAAUAAAUAAUUAAAAAAUAUCUUUUUUUUUAUUUUAAUCACGAAUUAUUGAU